AUGGCUGUUCAACGAGUGCUCCUAUACUUGAUGCGUCGAGAUCUACGCCUUUGCGACAAUCCGAUCUUCCACGAAUUACACAACCUUUCCAAACAAUCACCCGCCCCGUUCACGCAUGUGCUCCCAGUGUACAUCUUUCCCGCUCAACAGGUUGAGGUCAGCGGGUUCCUGGCUGAUGUCAAGUCCAAAUCACCAUUCCCCGAAGCCAGAUCGGCAGUUGCAAGGUUCUGGCGAUGUGGUCCUCAUAGAGCGAGGUUUCUGGCGGAGUCGGUCUGGGAGAUGAAGCAAGAGCUCGAAAAGAUGGGCAGCGGGCUCCUUAUUCGUGUCGGGCUUCUGGGCCAGGUUGUGCAAGAUGUCCUGGACCAAUUCGAGCGAGAGAAAGGGCGGGCAUCAGUUACAGCGGUGUGGAUGACUAUGGAAGAGGGCGUGGAGGAGAAAAGAGAAGAAGGAGAGGUGCAAAGCCUUCUUGAGGGAGCCGGAAUAGAUUUCAAAUUGUGGCUCGACGAGAAAUACUUCAUAGAUGAUAGGGAUAUACCAUUCGACAUGCCGUCAGAUCUGCCCGAUGUCUUCACAAGUUACCGAAAUUUGGUGGAGCCACUGAGGGAGGCUCCCAGAGGAACUGUCCCCCCGCCUCCUUCGCUACCGCCGAUGCCCUCGUUCGUGCCCGUUCAGCCGGCACCAUUUGCUAUACCCGAGUCCUACGAGGCACUGGAAUCCGGGUUGAUGAAGCCGCUUAUCGAACAACCUCUCCUUUCCGACCCUCCAUCAUUCCCUCCCGGAGUGAAGUCAGCACAUCCCUUCCACGGAGGGAGCAGGGAGGGGCUCCGACGAAUCCAACACCUGUUGAAGUCUGGCGCUCUGACAGAAUACAAGGCCACUCGCAAUGGCCUACUCGGGACGGAUUUCUCAACCAAGCUUUCUGCAUGGCUAGCCCUCGGGUGUAUCACUGCCCGUCAAAUCCACGCUCAACUUGUGGACUUUGAGGAAGGCCGGGACGAUCAAUACAAAGGUACAGAGGGUUAUGGUAAGGGCGAGAACACAGGGGCUGCUGCCGUGCGGUUCGAGCUCUUGUGGCGGGACUACAUGAGACUCUGUACCAGGAAAUUUGGGCCUCGACUAUUUCGCUUGCAGGGGCUUCGCGACGAUACCUCUUACCCGUGGAGAACCCUCAGCGCUGGUGACGGUGGAUCUGAAGUAGCAGAAAUCGUGCAGAGGUUCCUUCGCGGAACCACUGGCACGGGACUGAUUGACGCAAGCCAACGGGAACUUUUCCUCACUGGCUACACAAGCAACCGAGCGCGACAGAAUGUUGCAAGUUAUCUGGCCAAACACCUCGGUAUUGACUGGAGACUAGGGGCUGAGUGGUAUGAAGCCAACCUCGCAGAUUACGAUGUCUCAAACAACUGGGGAAACUGGCAGUAUGUGGCAGGUGUAGGCAACGACCCCAGGGGGGAAGCUCGCGUCUUCAAUCCUGUCAAACAGGCUUUCGAUUACGAUCCCCGUGGGGAAUACUGCAAGGCCUGGGUGGAGGAAUUGCGGGUCCUGGAUGAGCCACAGGAGAUUUUCCAGGCGUGGAAAGUGAGCAAGCAAAGGAGGGCUGAGUUGCGGCUGGAGGGUCUCAGCAUGGUCGAGCACCCGCUGAUCAAAAUUGACUUCAUUGUGGGAAGCAAAGGUCGAGCGGCGAGAGUGAGGGAGGCAGAGGACGAGGCAACGGCAGCUCUGGAGCAAGAGGAGGAUUCCGCGGACGUGGAAAGAGUGACACCAGGGGUGGAGGCUCAAGCCGCAGAUUAG